UCGGUCUGCUGUUGUAGGCGUCAUCAUGGUGUGUGGGUUGAAGCGUUUUUGAGAAGCGAGUUUGUUUUGAAUCGAUAGGACGUGAGCAUUUUUAUUAUUACGGUGAUGAUUUUACAAGGAGUGCCGUCGUUGUCCCACGAGUCGCUAUGGCGAAAACCAUCGACACGCAACGUAUAGUUACGAAAUAAGUUUUAAGCGGAACGAUACGACAGUACGUACGAUGUCGAAUUCGGAACAAGUUUUUCUCGUACGUCGACUUGUGUGGAAAUACAAAUGGACGGCUGUUAUAUGUACAGUGUUGUGUGUAAUUCUAUCGAACAGUGCGAAAGCCGAAAGGAUAUCGCACGAUGGUACGAAGGAUAAUCAGUGUCCCGUUGAGUGUGCGUGCCUUGGGAAUGUGGUAGACUGCAGUAGCUUACAAUUGAUCGGAGCACCCAGCGGACUACCACCAUGGACAGAGAUCUUAGAGCUAAAGGAGAAUAAUAUUGUUAACUUAGAGCCGGAUGCGUUGUUACAUUUAAUUAGGCUCAAAGAAUUAGACCUCAGCGCCAAUAAAUUUGGAGAUAACUUUACAAUCAUUCUGUCAGAAGCUACACAAUUACAAGGGCUUAAAAUAAAUAAAAACCAAUUAACACAAGUGCCAGAUAUGUUUUUUGUCAAAAACAUAACUAAUCUUGCAUUAGCUCAUAAUUCGAUUAGCGAUAUAAAUGGAACCGCGUUGCUCACGUUGCAGCGGCUUGAAAAUUUGGAUAUCAGUGGAAAUAAAAUAAGCGUCGUACGAAAUGGAUCUUUUCUCUCUCCUAACAGUCUUACACAUUUAAAUUUAAACAUGAAUCAGAUUAAGAUAAUCGAAAAUGGAAGUUUGGAUAAUUUGACCGCGUUGGAAGAAUUACGUUUGAAUAAAAAUCACUUGACCCAGUUGAAAGAUCUGUUUACGAACUUGAAAAAAUUGCGCAUAUUAGAAAUAAAUCGGAACGAAUUACAGACGAUUCAAGGACUCAGCCUCCGAGGUUUGAAAAAUUUGAAAGAGUUGCGCUUAAAGAGAAACAAAAUCGAAACAUUAGACGAUGGCGCGUUCUGGCCUCUCGAAAAUUUAACGAUACUUCAACUUGAUUUUAACUUAUUAACUAUGGUGAGAAAAGGUGGUCUAUUUGGAUUAGAGCGUUUACAAAAGUUAACGUUGUCGCACAAUCGAAUAAGCACGAUCGAAAUGCAAGCAUGGGAUAGGUGCAAAGAAAUCGUAGAAUUGGAUUUAUCGCACAACGAAAUAUCAGUUAUCGAACGAGAUACAUUUGAAUUUUUGGAAAAAUUGGAGAAACUUAAGUUGGACCACAAUCAAAUCACCUACAUCGCGGAUGGUGCUUUCCGUUCAACUCCAAACCUACAGAUAUUGGAACUUAACUUCAACAAAAUUUCAUACAUGGUGGAAGACAUUAACGGCGCGUUUGAUCCAUUGGGACAACUAUGGAAACUGGGAUUGGCGCACAAUAGAAUAAAGUCGGUGAACAAAAAUGCAUUCACCGGAUUAAGUAGUGUAACUGAACUGGAUUUAACUGGUAACGAUGUAACGAGUAUUCAGGAAAAUGCGUUCGUUUCAAUGACCAGUCUAACUAAAUUGAGAAUGAAUUCAAGUACGUACAGAGAGACAAACGCGUUCGUGAUUUUGCGACACACUUACUACACCUCAUUAUAUUCUUCUUGUACACGUGUAGGAGCUUUGGUUUGUGACUGCGGCUUACAAUGGUUAAGUAUGUGGUUACGCGAGCAUAGGUAUAGCGACGCGGAAGCGUAUUGUGGAUAUCCGCAUUGGUUACAAGGAAUGUCGUUGACUCAACUUCAUCAUAAGAAUUUCACGUGUGACGAGUAUCCAAAGCCAAGGAUCAUCGAGGAACCUAAAAGUCAGAUGGGAAUUAAAGGAGAUAACGUGACGUUAAUUUGUCGAGCGACGAGUACCGCAAGUGCGCCAUUAAAUUUUAUGUGGAAGCACGAUAAUGUUGAAAUGGAAGACGCUAAUUUACAAAUAAAUACCGAUUCUACGGAGAGCGGUGUGACAGAAGCAUCUUCUAUUUUAAUUCUUACCAACGUCACUCAUGCAAACGCGGGGAAAUAUCAGUGUAUGGUGACCAACACUUAUGGAACAACGUACUCUGCGAAAGCAAAGUUGAGCAUUUUAAUUUAUCCAUCAUUUUCAAAAAUUCCACACGAUAUACGUGUGAUCGCUGGAAGCACUGCCCGGCUCGAAUGCUCCGCGGAAGGGCAACCGUCGCCGCAAAUAGCGUGGCAAAAAGACGGUGGAAACGACUUUCCAGCUGCAAGAGAGAGAAGAAUGCACAUGAUGCCGACCGACGAUGUACUAUUCAUCGUCGAUGUGAAAACCGCCGACAGCGGCGUUUAUUCGUGCACCGCGCAAAAUCUUGCUGGCCUUAUUGUCGCGAAUGCCACUCUCACCAUAUUAGGUAAGCAUCGCAAACAUAUUCGGUGCUGUUUAAUACGCUUUUCGUUGUUCUUUUUUCUUUCAUUUCGUUUGUUUCUCAAAGAAACACCGUCGUUUGUGAAACCAAUGGAGAAUAAAGAAAUAACCGUCGGUGGUUCGAUCGUAUUGGAGUGCAUGGCAAGCGGUACACCUAGACCAAAAUUAUCCUGGCGGAAAAAUGGAAAUCCUUUACAGGCAACCGAACGUCAUUUCUUCACUGCCGAAGAUCAGUUAUUGAUCAUUGUCGACACGAAAGUUGGAGACGCUGGUAGUUACGAAUGCGAAAUGAGCAAUUCGUUGGGCAGCGUAGUCGGUGCAUCUCAUCUUACGGUGAAACCAGCUCCGACUUCCACUCCUAGUCCCGCUUCGGUAAACGAAGACGACAUAUUAGGUUUGAUAAUAAUCACUGUUGUAUGUUGCGCCGUUGGUACGUCCAUAGUGUGGGUGGUUAUAAUCUAUCAAACUAGAAGACGUUUGAACGCUGGUGCGCAAGGUAGAAACGCACAACCGUCCACGGUUAUCGCAGCUACGGUGCCAGACACACAAACGCACUUAUAUUUGGAAACGAGUUCUCAGCAUAGCAAAGAUAGCGGUACAGGUGACAGUACCAAUCCUAGUAGCGAUCAGUUACAAUUAUGUCUACCCGAGGAGAUUGUUACGUGUUCGGUGAACAACGAGGAAGAAACGGGUGCCGUGAACGUAGGGGCUCCACUGUUACGGUACACAAACCACGAACGACACGUUCGCGAGAACGAAGACUGUGCGGUUUAGAAGCAGACGAUUUCUAACAUGCUUCUUUCGCGAUCGCUCUUCAUGCACGAACGUUUACGUAUACUAUGUGUGGGGGGUGAUCGCCAUCGAAAAAAUCAUUCGUAGCUUGUCAAAAGAACAAAGAAAGAGAGAAAAAAGAAAAGAAAAAGGCAAGCAACUAACGUACGCGUUGUAGACGAUCGAACGGUGUCGUCUCGAUCGUUGCUGCGUAACAAGCUAUUCGGCACGAGAUGCGUGCAAUACUACCGUGAUAGCGAUGGACGCCUCGUUCUCAUAUUUAUUAUGAAAGAGUUUGUCGUGCGAAUGGAGAAGUAAAUCAGAAAAUACUAGUGACGUAUGAUUUGUAAAUAGUUAGGAUAAGAACUCGUCGUAACUUUGUGUAAUUGAGUAUCGUCGAGGAGAGAAGAAAGUACGUAAAUACGAGUACGUUGACACUGGGAAUUACCGUAAGCCGCAAAAGCCACUUAUAUCGUAGACCAGUCUUUUGUGAUAGAUAUUUAUUUUUAGGAUUACGUAAUUACUAUUAGACGUCGGUUAUAUUUAUAAUGCCCAACGAUGUAAGUUUGCCUAAAAAAAGAAACGAAGAAAAAGAUGCAAAAAAGAAAAAAGAAAAAAAAAUAGA